CAUCGCACACCAUCUAUGGGAAUGUAGCAAGAAAUUUUAAAUUGAGAAAGUGGUCACUAGAUGGACAUGAAAUGUUUACAUUUUACAAGGAUGGCGACUCUAGCUACAGCCACACGCGUCUCGACAACUCGUUUUUUGUUUUAUCGUUGUUUUUCUACAGAGGUUCCAGAGGCUGUUUCUAAAGCCAUUGCCACAACAGAUGUCUACGGCCCUCCAGACCCAAAGUCAAGUCUUCGCCUAAUCACCUUCUAUAUCGCCCCUGAUGAAACUGAAGCUGAGAAAGAGUACAGACUUAGACGGGCUCAGGUACAGGAAUGGAACCACUUAUUUUGGACUAUCCAUAAUGUUCAAUUUACCCAGGCCAAAGAAGAAUUUGUGACAUCAGUGUUAGAGAGAAGAGGUAAAGAUGCCACCACAACAGGGCAACCCCUAACUGCUGAUGAUUUAUCUGAAUUCUACAGGGCAUUCCUAGAUCAAAAUAGGGAAAAGCACUUGAAGUAUAAUGUAGAAUGGCACAUGAAAAACAUGGGUCUUCUAUGGCCUGGAAUUAAGGCAAAUUUAAGUAGAUUUAAAAAGGGUUUUUCUACUAUGUAAAGUUAUGUAACAUAGGUCCCAGUACAGACUUAUUUAAUACAUUGUGUUAAGAUUGUAA